AUGCAGCUCAAGACAAUCCUCGCCCUCGCCAUUGCCGUCUCCCCGGUCUUCGCAGCCGAAGUACUUGACACCCAAACCCGAGACAUCGGCAGCAAGUUCACCGAAAGAGAGACAUUUGGAAACGCUCUCGGGUCAUCCCCAGCCGGGUUCACCAAGAAGAAGAGGGAAGACAAGGAGGCCGUUGGUACCAAUGACAUCGACGUCAUCAACCACCUUGCAAAGCGCGUGCUCCUAACCUGCACCCCAACAACCAACGAGAGCGGAAACAGGUUCACCGUCCAAGAGACAACCGCCGAGGCACAAGCCAAGGCCGCGGGCUACACCAAAGGCAAGAGCGGCUACCCCCAUACGUUCCAGAACAUAGACGGAAUCGACUGGGAGGUCGCCGAAUGCGACGCGCAGCCGAGGAGUGAGGAAAGUAAACUGAAGGAGUACCCGAUCUACUGGACAUCCUCCACGACGAAGGCGUGGACAAAGGACAAGAAGAAGAACGCGGUUGGUUACAACCCUAAGACCCCGAUGCGAGUGGUGUAUAUGGAGGGGGACGACGAUGAGCUCAUCUUCUGCGGUGUUAUGAUCCAUGAAGAGGUGCUGGCCAGUAAUCAGGGAGAUAAGCGUUUUGUUAAGUGUACUUGA